CAUGGCUCAGAAAUGGCUCUAGAUCGCAAUAUUUUUAAUAAAUAAACACACAAGGAUUUUAAUAUUAAUAAUUUAUUGCUUUGUAGGGAAAGUUUUAAUUAUAAACGAUACUCUUGAAUUGUAACAUUUAAAUAAAACGUAAAACAUUAGGAUUUAUGUUCUUUUAAGAGAUUACUUAUUGUUUAUUUUAAUUGUAAUUAAACGUUGACAUGGAGGAGACUGCAGAUAAUCCCAAUUAUGUAAAUAGCCCCGUAAGACGACAUACUCCAGCCGUUCCAACACCAAACUGGAACGACGAACAUCCUAAUCAGCAAAUGGAAACUGAUGACCAAGACUCGAUCAUCAUCAAUGAAACUAAUAUGCACGUAAUGUCAGAUUUAAGUGAUAAAGAAGAACAAAUAUCAAGACCAUCUGUAAUAAGCAACAAUUCCAAUUAUCCACCUUCUAACAUGCAAGUUACAAGUGUAAUUCGUACCCCAAUCCAAAGACAGGAUAGUGCCAGAAGUGACUCUAAUAUGUCUACAACAUUAUCCCAGUCAAGAAUAACAGGAGAUGUAGCUUUGACUCCUACUCACAGCUCCUUCACUCCCCAGCCAGUGAACCCUCAUAGUGCUAUGACAGCAUUGACUCCCAUGCCCAGUGGUACAUCCCAAGCAAAGAAUAGUAUAAAAAUACAGAAUUGUGUAUCAACAGUUAGUUUAGGAUGUGAACUUCGGUUACUGGAUAUUUAUUGCAGAACAAGGUUUUCAGAGUACAAUCCAGCAAGGUUUCAAGGUGUGGUUAUGAAAAUUCUAGAACCACGUGCCACAGCUCUAGUAUUUAGAUCUGGCAAAAUUGUUUGCACAGGUGCCAGAAAUGAACAUGAUUCUUAUAUAGCAGCCAGAAAAAUUGCAAGAAUAAUUCAGAAACUAGGAUUUCAAGCCAAAUUCUUAGACUUUAAAAUCCAAAACUUCAUUGCAACAGGGGAUCUGAGAUUCCCAAUAAGACUGGAAGCUCUUCAGCAGGCCCAUGGGCAGUUCACAUCUUACGAACCUGAAUUGUUCCCAGGUCUGGUUUACAGAAUGGUGCGACCAAGGGUUGUUUUAUUAAUAUUUGUGAAUGGGAAGAUAGUGUUUACAGGUGGAAAAACAAGAAAUGAAAUUUAUGAAGCACUGGACAUAAUUUAUCCUAUAUUGAGAAGCUACAGAAAAAGCUGAAUACUUAUUUAUUUACAAUCUUACUAUGAAUAACAAUGACUGCAGAGUUAAAUUAUAAUUUCAUUUUCAUUAAAUAAAUUAUUAUUUAUUCCUAA